GCGCAUGCGUUGUUGCAUUGGCCGUCGGCGCCAUCUUGGAAUUUGCACCACGUUUUUAUCAAAAUCGCCGAUCUUUAUAUAUUUUGUACCAAAGCCCGUUCGUAUAGUGUUGGGGAUACUUUUUGUGCACACAGAAUGCUUCUUCAAUGAAUCUUUUGGUUUUUUUGUACCUUUAAAAUGUCCAGUGCUGCCGGGACCUCUGGUGGACAGACACAGAAAUGCUACGGGAUCACAUCGCCGAUAUCUUUGGCAGGUCCCAAGCCCGGGGACAUAGCAUCAACAAAAGCUCUUGAAGAGUCUCUCAAACCUUAUGGAGUAUUUGAAACAGAAGAAGAGCUUCAGCACAGGAUGGUUGUCCUUGCAAAGCUUAAUACCUUGGUCAAACAGUGGAUCAUUGAUACCAGUUUAUCAAAGAACAUGCCAGAAUCUGUGGCCAACUCAGUAGGAGGAAAGAUCUUUACUUUUGGUUCAUACAGGCUGGGUGUGCAUACUAAAGGUGCUGAUAUUGAUACGCUUCUUGUUGCUCCUCGACAUAUUGACCGUUCUGACUUCUUUGGAACAUUCUAUGAGAUCCUCAAGAACAAUGAAGAUGUGAGAGAUUUGCAUGCAGUUGAAAAUGCAUUUGUUCCUGUCAUCAAGUUGGUAUUCUGCAAGAUAGAGAUGGAUUUGCUGUUUGCACGACUAGCUCUGCCUGAAGUGCCAGAUGACUUGAGUCUUUUAGAUGAGAGUUUACUUAAAAACUUGGAUCCAAAGUGUGUUAGAAGUUUGAAUGGUUGCCGUGUUACAGAUGAAAUUCUCCACUUGGUUCCCAACAUAGAAAACUUCCGUCUUACAUUAAGAGCAGUCAAACUGUGGGCAAAAAAUCGUGGGAUCUACUCCAAUGUGUUAGGUUUCCUCGGUGGUGUGUCAUGGGCUAUGUUAGUAGCUCGUACAUGUCAGUUGUAUCCAAAUGCAGUGGCAGCUACACUACUACAAAAGUUCUUCCUUGUAUUUUCAAAAUGGGAAUGGCCAAACCCAGUGUUGCUGAAAAACAUCACUCCACCAAGUGACAACAAAGUGGAAUUAAAUUUUCCAGUGUGGGAUCCAAGGACAAAUCCAAAAGACCGAUAUCACUUGAUGCCUAUUAUCACACCGGCUUAUCCACAGCAGAAUUCUACUUUCAAUGUCUCCAUGUCAACGAGAACCAUCAUGAAUGAAGAAUUUGAUAAUGGUCUAAGAAUUACAAGUGAUGUUUUGAUUGGAAAGUCAACAUGGGAUGCACUGUUUCAACCACCCAACUUCUUUAGCAAAUACAAACAUUACAUCGUGUUAAGUGCCAUAUCAAACUCUGCAGAGGAACACUUAGAGUGGAUUGGUUUAGUAGAGUCAAAGAUCAGAAUACUUAUAUCAAACCUGGAAAGUGCUCAGUAUGUCUUGCUAGCUCACGUCAAACCAAAAUCCUACGGAGCCUUAGAACCAGACAAGGAACCACCUACAACCCGAUGGUUUAUUGGGCUGCAAUUUGAGAAAAAAGAACAUGUCAACAUUGAUUUGACCGGAGCAAUUCAGAUGUUUACAAAUACUGUCUAUUCACAGGCUGCAGUAGCCAAAAUAUUUAAGGAGGGCAUGAGAAUAGAAGCAAAGCACGUUAAAAAAAAGCAGCUCAGUGAAUAUCUGCCACCAAGUGUUCUUAAACAGAAGAAAAAGAGCUCCAUAGUACCGCCUGCACCAGCUGCCGUUGCUAAGCCGAAUAAAGCAGACAUGUCUCUGGACUCAUCGUUGAAUGCCAGCGAUUUGAGCUUGGAGAUAACUUCAGAGCCCAGUAAUGAGAGUGCAGAUUGGAUGGGAAGUAGUGUCGAGAACAGCGAAGAAAUACCUGGUAUUGGUAGUUCAAGUGACAAGAAGGCCAGUGCAGACACAUCAGCUGUGACGUCAGCUGUUUCAACGGUUGGAGAAGUGACGUCAUCAGAUACAACUGCAAUACCGAGCCAACCGUCAGCGGUUUCGCAAGAUAAGCCGGCCGGUUUGAAGCGAGCUGGUUCCCCUUCAGAAGUUGAAAACCCUAGUAAAAAACCUCGAAUGGACAGUGCGUCGAGUUCGGUAUAUUCGUUCAACGGUGAUGGCGGAAAGAAACGGCCAAUUGCUGACUGCGAAGAAAGUCCAAACAAAAAGGUGAAGAUAGAAGAUGACAACAAGACUGGCGAUUCUUCCACCGUGGGAGAAAAAAGUAUGGUCGAUGGAGAAAAUCCUCGCCAGACUGAGGCUAGCAGGCCAGUGAUAGUUGAUGGUGACACAAAGGGUUUUUCAUCGAAUGAAAACUGUGCAAAGACAGGGGGAGAGAAAAUGGAAAAUUUGACUGAUACCAAAAAGCCUGACGAAUCCAAUGAAGACGUGUCAGCCGCCGUCAAACGCUCGAUAUCUCCGACGAACGAAGAAAAAAUGGCAAAGGAUAAAAGGAAACAAGACCCACUCAAUGCUACGAGCGUGGUAAGUCACGUCUGUUCGUUUUCCUUUAAAUAAAAAGAUCAAAACUUGACUUUGAGGCUCGGGGAAAGUAAUAAACAGUCGGUAGAACGCCACCUCACCUCAAUCACCAUUAGACUACCUUCAUCUCAACCUGGUACUUCUUUUCAAAGGG